AUGGAGAAAUCCAACAACUUCCGGAUCGAGGCUCUGCUCGGGGAGCGCGCGACCAGGUGCGAGUCCCCGCCCUCGCGCGCCGUCCCGUUCUCGAUGCCCACUGCCGGGGUGUGCGCGAGAGCGCCGCUGCUCCCCUCCGUGCACGCGCUUCACUACGCGGGGAUCCCCCACAUCAGCCCCGCCUACGAGCCGUGGAUCCGCGCGAGCCUGCUGCUGCCCCGAUUCCACCCGUAUUCCGAAUUCAUUAAUAUAUCAAUCGAUCCAGCGCGCGCCCCUGUUCAUCACGGCACCCGGUCCACGCCUGAAGUUCCGUCUCCAUGGAGAAAUCCAACAACUUCCGGAUCGAGGCUCUGCUCGGGGAGCGCGCGACCAGGUGCGAGUCCCCGCCCUCGCGCGCCGUCCCGUUCUCGAUGCCCACUGCCGGGGUGUGCGCGAGCGCCGCUGCUCCCCUCCGUGCACGCGCUUCACUACGCGGGGAUCCCCCACAUCAGCCCCGCCUACGAGCCGUGGAUCCGCGCGAGCCUGCUGCUGCCCCGAUUCCACCCGUAUUCCGCGUCUCCUUCGGUGGGGCUGAUGGGAAAAUGCAGGAGACCACGCACGGCCUUCACCAGUCAGCAGCUGCUCGAGCUCGAGAACCAGUUCAAACUCAACAAAUACCUCUCACGGCCCAAACGCUUCGAAGUCGCCACGUCGCUAAUGCUAACAGAGACGCAGGUGAAGAUUUGGUUCCAGAACCGCAGAAUGAAGUGGAAACGAAGUCGCAAAGUCAAGGAACAAGUGGAAGCGGCCCGAGAGCACAAACCGACCAAUGAGAAUCCGGCAUCAGAGCUUCAGCGGGCGGAGCUCAGGAAGCAGGACGUAGAGAAAGACGACGACCCCGAGGACGAGGAACGUGAUUUUGACACGCGACACUCAGACUUUACGCAGAAGGACGUCGAUGUACGCUGUGCUUCAGACGACGAGGAGGACGAAACAAGCGACAAAGAAAAAGAGGCGGGGUUAUAAUGAGCUUAUAAACCAAUCAGAGACAAGGACGAGCGCGUCGGCUCCGAAACGUGGACUUGACCUGAAGAUACUGUGAAAUACUGAACGACUGAACUGAUGUAAAUGUUACACCAGAGGACUGAACAUUAACAACAGCAGCAUUAACACGUCUCUUCACAUCUGUCACUACUGUUUCUUCACUCUGUGACACAAAGCUACAGUUCAGAACCAGAUGUUUUCUCAAUUUGCUAAGCAGUUAGCAAAACCAUGUACAAAUCCUGUCAGGUUAUCUUAGAUUAGCUAGCUGGCUAACACAAUAUACUACAAACCCAAUUCUCAUUUAUGAACAUUUUCAAAUGUUUCCUUGUUGUUGGUUUUAUUAUAAUUUUUUUGUUUAGUUUACCAAAGCGGCGUUUUAGAAAUGCUAACAUGUGCUAACGCUACAGCUACACCACACCGUUAGCAGAUUUAUGAAAACAAUUCUCAUAGGAAUUAUGGAACAUAAAAAACAGGACAUUCACAAUUUCAUUAGCUAAGCUAAGCUUAUUGCAACACUCAUGAUCAAUGGAAGCUAAAUAGCAUGUUUAGAAAAAUUAGCAUGGUCUUAAUGUUGCUGCUUUUUUAAAUACAUGUUCACAACUUUAUAAAGGCGUGUCACGGUCUAAUUCAUCUGCGAAACAAAUGCAGAUACAAAAAAUUAUGAAUGGAAAUAAAUGGAAUCCUUUUGUUAAA